UAAAAUGGAGUAAUUAAAUGGUAGGCAUCAAAGCCUAGCGUUUCGCAAUCAGCGAAAUUUUGAGGAAUCUGAUCUAUGGCUCCUGUAAAUCGCCCCCAUUAAAUUAUCGCCAUUUGUAUCUUCGUUAAAGCUCUUUUUAGCCCUUUUCGUAGCCCUUCCUUUUCACCCUAACAUAUAUUCCCCAAUCACCCCAAUCUCCGCUUCCUCUUGCGCAAAGAUUCAAUUUUUGUGGAAUUCGUCACUUGUUUGGUUUUGUUAUUUACUAUUGGUAUAAAGUGGUGGACACAAGGGGUUAAUUGUGACAUAAUUCUGCAAGAUUUGGGUUAUCAGUGUGUAUCAGUUGAAAAAUGGAUGAUGGAGAGCUUGAUUUCCCAAAUGACCCAAUGUUGUCAUGCUUGGAUAUAACUAAUGCACAGAGCAGUUGCUCGUUCGACAUUGAUGAGUUUCUUAGUCGGACGCAGUCUUGCAAUGAUGCUCUUGGUCGAACAGAGGCUUACACCGAUGGUCUUGGUCGAACACAGGCCUGCACCCAUGCUCAUGCUUGCAACCCUUCAGGCCCUGAUCAAUCCCAUACGCACACGUGUAUUCAUGUUCAUACCCAAAUUAUGCCCUCUCCUAGUGAAGGUCAGGAUCCCAGCGAUGACACUGCUGAGUCUGUGGACAAGAAAUCUAAAAAGAGGCCGCUGGGCAACCGUGAAGCUGUGCGUAAGUACAGGGAGAAGAAGAAAGCUAGGGCUGCAUCGUUGGAGGAUGAGGUUAUCAGGUUGAGGGCUUUGAAUCAGCAGCUAAUGAAGAGGCUCCAGGGUCAGGCGUUGUUGGAGGCUGAGGUUGCUAGGCUUAAGUGCUUGCUCGUGGACAUCAGAGGGAGGAUAGAGGGAGAAAUUGGUUCUUUCCCUUACCAGAAGCCAAACAAGAGUGGAGACGUCUAUCAAAACAUGGCGAAUCCUAAUAAUACUGGAAGAUACGUGGUCAAUUCAUGUAAUAUGCAGCGCAAUGAUCCGCUCUACUGCAUUAACCCUGGACCAGAAGCUGCAUUGAGUGGACAAGGCCUUGGGGAUUGUGGGUUUGACAGUCUUCAGUGUUUGGGAAAUCAAAAUUCUGAUCUGGAGGAAUUCCCUGAUUGUGGACUCGGCAAUGUUAACGUUGUCUCUAAUGCCAAUACUUCCACCGGAAGUAAAAGAAAAGGUUCGCGUGCUGCAAUGCUUAGCUGAAGAGCUGGUCAGACGGAGGCAAUCUCAAUGUCGAGAACGAGCACUCCCGCUCAUUUCCAUCCUCAAUUUUGAGAUCAGCGGCCAGCCCCAUCAUCACCUCCCUCUAAUAAGCUAGAGUUGGGCAUGCUUAAAUCUGUGGGUUUCGUGUACAUUAGUUUCCAUGUUCUACUCUUUGUAAAGCGGAAGGGUCGUAGCAUAGCUAGCAGAACUCGAGGGAGAGGACUAAUCUUUCAGUUUUUAAGCUUUCUUAGUUUUACCCAUGUCAGCCUCCAGGUAUCAAAAAGCAGCAGAACUUGUUUAAUUCCGUCUUUGAUGCGUUCUCGACUGUAUUUUUCUUCCCUUUUUUGGAAUGUUGUUUCUUGAAUUUGGAAACGCGAAGUAUCGUGCUAUGUGGAAUUCUAUUUAUAAUGUUAUGCCAUGAGCAAAUGUUAUUGUUUGCCA